AUGUCACCAACAAGUGAAAAUGCUAGCAGAGUGCUGGCUUCGACCUUGUCGGGAACAACACUCCUGAUUUUCGUGCAGCUAGCUUCUAGACUCUUUAUUUUUCUUUCGAAUCAGAUGGUUCUGAGGAGUUUAUCGCCAUCCAUCCUGGGGAUUGCAGCUCAACUCGAAUUGUUCUUGAUCUCAAUUCUAUAUUUCUCCAGAGAAAGCAUACGAACGGCAAUCCAGCGACAGCCUGCUCAAUUUUUUUCCCCCAAUUCAGGAGGGAGAGAUGCAGAUAUUAAUUCGGCCAAUGGGGACCAGAAAAGCUCCCAGGCUCAGUCAAAUGCAUCUCAGUCAAUUGUGAACAUGUCGUACCUGAGUCCCGGCAUCGGCAUCCUAUUAGCCACCACAUUUGCUGCAUGUUACAUGCAUUUUGCUCCCUAUGAGGUUUCGGAGACACCAUUUUACCAAAUAAGCGUCAUAGUCACGGCAAUUGCCUCGCUUAUUGAACUUAGCACCGAGCCCUUCUUUGCUGUAGUACAGAACUACAUGCUAUAUAAAGAACGAGCGGCUGUUGAAAUCAGCGCAGCAUUUAUGAAAAGUCUGGCUGUAUGUGGUGUAUCCGUAUGGGCUGCCUGGCAUAGUUACAGUCUUGGUGCUCUUCCCUUCGCACUUGGUUACCUAUCCUAUUCAUUUACUCUCGUCUGCGGCUACAGCCUAGUUCUGAUGCACAUGCGUGGAGGCUGGGACUUUUCGUUCAGGCUCACUCGAAUAAAAUCAAGCAAUAUAUCAGAGUAUUUUGCAGGCAGAUUUCCAUGGCCGCUAAUCUCAUUAUCAAGCAAUGUUUUCUUUCAAUCGAUCGUGAAACAUUUGUUAACGCAAGGCGACUCUAUGAUCCUAGCGGCUUUGGCAAGUCUAGAGGAUCAAGGCAUAUACUCCCUGGCUUCAAAUUAUGGUGGUUUAUUGGCCCGUAUUCUCUUCCAGCCAAUAGAGGAGAGUAGCAGAGCGCUUUUUUCGUCACUUCUCAGUUCGAAAGUGUCCGAGAACCAAGGGGCGAAUAUCAAGGCCGCAAAAUCGCAUCUGGUUAACAUCAUGCAGGGCUAUAUGGUAUUGUCAAUCUUGAUUUUCCCCCUAGGCCCGGCGUUAGUUCCUAGAAUACUCCAUAUAUUAGGUGGACAGAGGUGGACGGUUCCUGAUGUCGAUACCCUACUCGCUCUCUACUGCUAUUAUAUACCAUUUCUCGCGUUCAAUGGCAUCAGUGAGGCAUUUGUUUCGUCGACAGCAAGCCCUGCAGAAGUUCGAAAGCAGGCUGGGUGGAUGAGCUUGUUUUCUACUUGCUUUGCCCUCGCCGCCUACCUCUUCUUGCAAAUCGGAGGCCUCGGUGCCCGAGGUUUAGUAUAUGCGAAUAUUGUCAAUAUGGCUGUUCGCAUAAUCUGGAGCUUUUCUUUCAUUCGGCGGUACCUACGUCAGUAUAAACAGGACUUAGCCUUGGCUGAGUUCAGUGUGCGGCCUCACACGUAUGUCGCGGGGGCCGUAAUUACUGCUGUACUUUAUCAAGCAGAGUUCUGGCCCAAAUUUAAUGGAGCAUUAACCCCAUUCAUCUUUGGAGCUAUCUAUAUACUCUUGGUGUAA